UUUUCAUACUGUAUAUGCGAUGAAAUUUAAUAGUUCAAUUAAAUUUGAAUUCAAUUUUUAUCAUUUAUCAUUCUAAAUAGAAAUUUGUUAUAUUUAUUGACAACAAUGCAUACGAAGUUAGUAUAUUUAGUAAAUGUUCACGUGUUGAAUUUGUUAUUAUUGUAAUAGUUGUUACAUGAAUUGGUUGUUACCUAUUUUUGUGCAUUUGGUGGGAAAGCGAAUACGUGUAUCGUACAAAUGUCAACGUGUACAUUUUUCGUGCAUGGACAUACAUGGCAUACUCUCAAAUAAAAAUGCAAAGAAAGAUAUGAUGACCUAUUUAGUUUGUUAUUAAAAAUCCAUCUAUAAAAAGUAGAAUUAUGAUUAGACCACAGCAAAAUAAAUACAUAAAAAGCAGUCAAGCAUUAAAAUAUAUCAGUUUAAUUACUCUCACAUUGCAAAAUGCUGUCGUUGGACUUAGUAUGCGCUAUGCACGGACAAGAUCUGGAGACAUGUUCCUUUCUUCAACUGCUGUUGUUAUGGCAGAAGUUGUUAAACUUCUCACAUGUCUGGUAUUAGUUUUUAUUGAAGAAGGAAAUUUCUUAAAGUUUUGUAAUUCUUUAAAAUUAGCAAUUAUAAAACAACCAAUAGAUACUUUAAAAGUAUGUGUGCCAUCCCUUUUGUACAUUAUACAAAAUAAUCUUCUAUAUAUAUCAGUAUCUAAUUUAGAUGCAGCAACUUAUCAGGUGACGUACCAACUAAAAAUUUUGACAACCGCAUUUUUUGCUGUAAUUAUACUACGAAAAUCUUUACGAAAUACUCAAUGGGGUGCUUUAGUAUUACUAGUUAUAGGAAUAGCAUUAGUACAAUUGGCACAAAGCUCAGACAUAUCAUCUGGCAUAGUAGAACAAAAUCGUAUACUCGGAUUCUCAGCAGCACUGAGUGCAUGCCUUUUGUCAGGUUUUGCUGGAAUAUAUUUUGAGAAAAUACUCAAAGACUCGGAUGUAUCAUUAUGGAUGAGAAAUGUGCAGUUAAGCUUAUUAUCAUUGCCCUUUGGAAUAAUUACAUGUUUCUUACGUGAUGGUAAAAUUCUACAAAAGCAAGGUUUCUUUUUUGGCUAUGAUCUGUUUAUUUAUUAUUUAGUUGUGCUUCAGGCAGGAGGAGGUCUUAUUGUUGCAAUGGUAGUUAAAUAUGCUGACAAUAUACUUAAAGGUUUUGCUACAUCAUUAGCCAUUAUCAUUUCUUGUGUAGCUUCUAUAUAUCUUUUUGAUUUUAACUUAACUCCCAAGUUUUCUUUAGGCGCUGUUUUAGUGAUAUGUUCAAUCUUCUUAUAUGGACGUCAACCAAAACCCACAUCCAUUGAUAAACAUUCUCUAAUCAAUAAAGUCUGACGUAAACUAAAAUAACUAAAAUAAGUGAUAUUACUGAAUACAGCAAAUAUUUUGACAUAUACAUGCAGAUUAAUGUUUAGUACAUUUUUUUAUGUGAAGUGGUAUCCAAACAAUUGAUGUAUAAAUACUUACAUCAUUUCACUUGAUCAGUAUUUCCUUAUAUAGCCUAUAUAAGAAUUUGAGUUAACGUCCUAACAUGAAUAAUAAAUAAUAGCAUGAAAGGUGCAUACACAUUGUUUUAUGAAAACAUAGUUCAAUAAUCUACAGAUGGUUAAUAUUGGCAUAAACAUGUUCAAUACAUAUUUCGGUAAAUUAUUGUAUCUUGUGCAAGAAUUGAUUACAAAAUAUAUGAGCACAGUUUUACACCAAAUUAACAAAUUUAUUAUGUAUAUU